UCCAAACUCCCUGUACGUGGCCCCCUUUCGCUGGGCCUUCUUGUCAUUGCGAGGGUGUCACAGGUAACCCUUGGGUUUGGACCUGUUCGCUGUCACUGUGACGGGAAAUAGUUGUUGAGGUGGCGCAACAUUAUUGAUGUCAGUAUGGAUCUUCAUCACCCGCACUUGAUCGGUGAUUGCCUCAUUCAUAUUUUUACUUUCCUGACUGAGGAGGAUUUGAUCCGUGCCUCCGCCGUGUGUCAGGAUUGGAAUGACGCUGCAGAGACUGCUUGGCUGUGGAGGAGGAUGUGUCUGCAGCGCUGGAGUUUCUGUAACCUUGCUGUCUUGGGGAGUGAACGGGUGACUCACUCGUGGAAGAGAUACUUCCUGCGACGUUGCCACUUAGAGACGAAGAUGACGAAAGGCAGGUCAGGAGGUUACACCUGCAAAAGCCUGCGAGGACACACAGGCAGGGUGGUAGGGUUUACAUACCUGCAGGGAAAUUCAGCUCAGCAUCCUGACAUCUGGAACAGCAGCUCCACAGUGUGCAGCGCGUCUACCGAUGGCACAGUCCGAGCAUGGAACAUCCAAAAUGGUGAACUCCUGUGGUGCAGUCCCGUGCAGGGGCCUUUAACAGCGAUUGUGAGUGAUGAACAGCAUGAAGUGGUGAUCACAGCCGACUCCACAGGCCUCAUCAAGACCUGGCGAGGUCGGACCGGCCAGGAGGUGGCCUCCUUCUCUACUGGUUCUCCACGCUGUACAUUACUUCAGUACAACAUCGACAACAACUGGUUUCUGACUGUUGGGACCAGUCAGGGAUCUGUGUGCACACUAGCUGACUCAGCUUUGACUCGAAAGUCCAGCGUGAUGGUGUGCGACAGCUUUAAUGUCAACACAUUACUGGUUUCACCGGACAAGAAAUGGAUCACUGCUGGAAACGAGGACAAUCUUGAUUUAAGUCCAAAGGUGAUUUACGCUGAGAGUUUGACCUCGCCGUCUGAGGACGAGGACCCUCUGUGCCAGUCUGUGCCAGUCACUGGGUGCCAGGCUGCUGUCUUCAUACCCACCCAGCCUGCCAGACUGGCCAUCAUCCACCACAACGAGCGGCCAAACAACAGAGCCCUCACUGUCUUCGAUGUCAGCAUUAAAAAGACUAAGUACAAGUCAGAGAUCCAGGUCCAGCAGGUGGAGUCCUUCCCCUUGACACUCAACCAACGGUCCUCACACAUCCAUCUAGCGGCCAAGGACAGCAACUGCCUAGUGAUGGCCGCUGGUCAGGAGCUGUGGGUCUACUCUCUGAAAGGAGCCCUGCUCGCCAGCUUUAAGGAGCAUACUAUGGCCAUCUCUUCUAUGUGUGUGGAUAGCUUUCGUGUGGUGACGGCAUCUCAGGACCUCUCCUUACGAGUGCUGACAUGGAGGAAUGACCGAGACCAGGGGUUGACCCUGGAGAGCCGAUACCACCUCCUGGGAGGCUCUCACACAGUGUCCAGAGGGUUCACUCACGUCGCCUGUGACUACUCCAGCGUUGUGGCCUCAGCAGAAGGAAAAGACGGGAAAGACGUCUUAAAGGCGUAUUCCUUCACCUCCUAAGCCUACAAGUAGUUCGCACGACCCACUGGAAGGAGGAACAUUUGCUUUUAUUAUGAACUGUUCAUCAUAUGUGCAGACAAUUGGGUGUUCUUUGGUUUGUCUACAUUUACAGAAAACAGAAUGUAAGACUUGUUACAGAUGAGAAACUCUAUGUUAUGGGAAAGGCAUUUAAACACUGUGUGAAAAAAGUCUGUAAGGAUAUAAGGGGGGGAUACUGUUCUUUUAAAGCUGAGGUAUGUUGAGUGU